UCAUGCGCAGGCUGUUGAAUGUUAUGCAACCUGGAGUACGAAAUAUGAGAAGGAUAUGUGUCCAGGUCGGUACAACGGACCCAUGAUUGCAGGCAAGGCAGUUGCUGAUUACUUUGAAAGCAACAGGGAGAAGAAGAAGAUUCUAGACAUUGGUGCAGGAACUGGCUUCGUAGCUGAACAGCUGAAGUCCCAUGGGUUUGUCCACAUUGAUGCACUGGAGCCCUCCAGCAGGAUGCUACUGAGAGCCCAGAAGAAGGGCUUGUACGAGGAGUGUUAUAACGAGUAUCUGUCUCAGGUUCCCCUGGCCAUCCCCAAUGAUACAUACGACUGCGCCGUCACCAGCGGCGGCAUGGGAGAGGGACACAUUCCUUGUUCCGGAAUUCUGGAGCUGAUCCGGAUCGUAAAACCAGGCGGAAUUAUAUGCAUUGUAAUGCGUGAAGUGUUCCUGAGAGAGGUGGAUGAAUACAAGGAUCGACUGGAGCCCCUCAUGGACUCCCUAGAGAAGGAGGGGAAAUGGAGAAAAGUAUCCCGAGUUAUUGUUCCCAAUUAUUUCAUAGACAUAACCGGCAUUGUAUUUCGCUACCGUGUUAUUUGA